AUUAUCUUAAAUAAGUUCUGCUUUUUAAAUAAUGAUAGGAUGAUAGUCAAACUUCCACUUACAUCUUCAGCUUUAUUGACAUAAUAUGAAUCUCCACAGCUAGAAUUUAAAUUGCAAACUUACUUCAAAUUAGUGGAGGUAUCAUAAGCAACAUAAAUGCAAAUAAAAAAGAUGAUAUAGAAAUGAA